AUGGCUUUAAUUAAACAAAAUGACUGUUUCUAUCUCUGCGACUCACAUGCCAGAGACUAUAUGGGCAUGCCUUGUGAAAAUGGCACUGCAGUUGUUAUGAAGUUUGAUGAUAUCUCUUGUCUAGAACAACACCUAUAUUCUUUGUCAGUAGAACUACAUUCCAAUUUAUUUGAACUUGUCCCUGUUCAAUUAAUUGAUGUUGAGUCUGAAAAUGAGAGACCUCAAAGAAACAGAAAAAGAAAGCUUGUGUUGGAAAGUGAUUGCAAAACAAACAAAGAAGACCUGACAAAAUUAAAAAACUAUGAGUCAAAAAGAAAAAUGUUAUUCAGAGAAAAAGACUGUGACAAGCAAAAAAGACUUGCCAAAGCUAAUAAUUAUAAGAGAGAAAAAAAAUUAGUUGAAACUGAUAGCCAGAGGCAAUCAAGACUUGAGAGAAAUCGUCUGUCUCAGAGACGUUCAAGACUGAGACAAUCACUUGUUCAGAAUGAAAUGAGUCAGCAAGAUUAUUUGACACAAUUCAACAAUACUCAAUAUGGUGGUAUUGAAAAUCAAUCGUGGGCUAAGACCAAUAUCAAUAAAUUUUACAAGUCAAUGCAGUACAAUGUCUGUCACUGUACAGUAUGUCAUGAAGCAUGGCCAAUAAAAUCCACACCAGACCCACCUUACGUUUGUUCAAGGUGUUUUAGAGAUAAGAAAAAUCCAAAAAAAAUGUCAGUUGAAAACUCGAUGAUACCAUCAUCUGUACCAGAGCAACUAAAAAAUUUGACUCAAAUUGAGGAAAUGUUGAUUGCUCGUGCUUUACCAAUAAUGAGA